AUGCAUGCAUUUACUUCGAAGAUGUCCUCCUCUUCCAAAGUCGCGAUGAAACUUGGCGCGCCCUGUUUUUUCGGCCUGGAGUCGUUGCAGAGCCUCUGGUGUUGCGACGGCGUGUCAGCUGGCGUUCGCCAUCGAAGUCGUGUCAUCUACCUGGGCUACUGCGCUCUGUCCUUUAUUCCGAAGCUGCUGCACAUGCAGCAUACCGUUCAGGAUGAUCAGAUCUGGGAGAUGCCAUCCGUCACGGUGGCGGGCACUGGUGCCAUGGUUCUGAUGCUCGCAGGAAUCGUGAGCUGGUGCUUCAUGGAUCAUAUAUCGGAAGCCAACAUCUACAUCAUAGAGGAUCCGGGUGCGAGCAGACGGCUCUUCAAGUUCUUGGCCUGCACAACGAUGGUCUGCUACCUGUAUCCAGUGCUUUUCUUCGGGCAUGCCCAGCUAGUGGCAGAGGGUCUUUUGGUCAUCGGUGGCGUCUACUGUUUGCUCUGGGUUCCGCUUAUGGACAGUUCCUCGGACACUCAUUGCUUUGUGCUUUUCUGGUGCUUCCUCACAAUUCUUCGGCUGGCUCUGGUGGGCGCAGAGUUUACCCGGCCAAUGGAGUAUUGCCUGAAGCUCUACAUAGUGGAGGGCGCGAUUCUGCGUUUCCUGCUCUGCCGGUACACCAAGGGCUCAUUUUUUGUCCGGGUUGAGGCCGCGGGCCGUGGGUUUAGGGAUUCGGGUUGCGGAACGGCCAGCAACCCCUCAAAAUUCUAG